GUAAAUAUUUUGGGCCUAAUGUGUAUAAAGUGAGAUUUUACCGAUUUCUGAAGACGGAAAAAUCGGACAUUUGAAAACCCUAGACCUAAAGAGUGACCUGUUUCAAUUUCUUUGCAAUUGACGGACAGAGGAGUAUUUUCUUUGUAUCCAAUUUCAAUGGCAACCCCGACGCCACAGCUAUAUGUCCACGGUUACAGUUGUAAGAAGCAUUUGUGGUAUUGUAUUGAUACAGAAAAAUUAAAUUGCAUUUCGGAUGGACUUUCUCCGGUUGCUCAAAUGGAGUCGGAAUCCGGAGGAGGCUGGGCCCUUGUGGAUGGCCACAUCUACUGGGCUGGCGGAAUCACUGAAUCCCUCCUUGGAGAAGGAGUUGGAGAAGGAGAGAUCAGAAAGAUCAGACACUCUAUGAAGUUGUAUAGGCACAACAUCAGAAGCCCCCAACCCGAAUUCUGGGAAUGCGUAUCUCAUUCCAAGGAACUUCAGCAGUACGAACCCUGUGUCCUUGCCCUCGGUAGAACGAUCUAUUUUCUGGGGGCAGAAAUUUUCCACAUAUAGGCGACAACUACGAAGGGAGGCACUGCGGCGAAGCUUACAACAUUGACACCAAAAGCUGGGAGCUGUUGGCAUUGAAUGUCCAGGAUUUUGCUCCUAAAUUUAGUGGUAGAACUACUGCCGUUAUGAAAGAGGAAAGUGAUGCGACAGUUGUAUGCUGCUCAUUUCCGGCAGGUAAUUUACUAUUUUACAAACUCAGUCUAGAUGGUCUAGAUGGUUUCAAAGUUGAAGUUCAUCCCAACUUUAAUUUCACAUUAUCAGAUUGCAACUCUUUGCCCAAUUCGCUUGUAUUGGAUGACAUUGACCUUGAGAUACUAGCCUAUGCGAUCACCGCUGCACGCCCGCUUGUAAGCAACUCAACAUUGUAUUGGUUCACCAAUGACCUGCACUACUUGUAUGGAUAUGAUUUUUCCAAGGAAAAAUGGUUUAGAUCAACAAGUCUUAAACAGGAUUUAUUUAGAUCAACAAGUUGGGAAAGGGAAAUUCAUAGGGAAUCUCCAGUUCCAGUUUUGGUUGAGCUGUCUAGUACAUCUUUCCUGGUGAUUGCUCUUUUAUCUUCGGGAAAAUUGGGGGUGGCUUCCCUUUCUGUCUACAAAACAACAGACACUUUAGAUGUGUCCGUGGGGGCAUGCCAAAUUAUAUCUGUUGAUCCUUAUUUCCUUCCUCGUGAUGGGAUGGUGGCAAUCGCUGUAGACAGUGUUGAAGAGCCAGUGAAGAAAAAGGGUUCUACCAUCAAAGACGAAAGACCACAGAGGAUGAAGGGGCAGUCGCCCCAUGCAUCAUGCGAGAAAGAAAUGCAACUUGAGUAGUGAAGUCUAGAACAAGUGGCCCAAUUAUAUGUAGGUCUACUUUCCAAAACGAUCAACUCUGUAGUUAAGCAGAUCUAUUUGGCUUAAGUGAAUCUAGCAAUAUCUUGCAGCUAUCUGUUUAAAGUGCAUAACCUGUUAUGUAGAUUCUGGAUGGCUUUAAAACUAAAGUGCCAUCACAUUUCGACAGUAAUUUGGUUUUUGAUAGUCCUUGAUUGGAAGAAGUCAUGCAGUCAACAUGUGCCCUGCAUUUUUGU